CGUGAUAGGCAGAAGAGAAUCCUGUGCUUCAGGACAGAUACCGAUGACCAUCCUAAGCUGCUUUGCCUACUUACUGGAAGAACAGACUGUUGUGGAAUACCUGAAGAAAUACCUUUUUCAUGUGAUCAUUGUCUUGCUGACAAUUGCUGCAAUAUUAGUUUUUUUUAUAGUUCCUUUAACAAUCCUCUUUUUCCUUUACCUUGCUAAUAUUUUUCUUUUAAUAUACCAGAGGAACAGUCAGGUAAAAGCAGAUCCCUUGAAUGAAGUCUGGGAUCGUGCAAGGAAAAGUAUAGCAAGCUUUUGGGAUAUAUAUGCAAGAAUCUGGCAUGGUUAUGAGCUUCAUGGUGUGGAAAACCUACCAGAAGGUCCAGGCAUCCUUGUGUAUUACCAUGGAGCGAUUCCUAUAGACUACCUUUACUUUUUGUCUAGGCUGUUUCUCUGGAAAAAAAGACUCUGUUUGUCAGUAGCUGAUCAUUUUGUCUUUCGCUUACCAGGACUUCAAUUAUUACUGGAAGUGUCGGGUGUUAUGCCAGGUACAAGGGAAGAGUGUCUCAUGGCACUGAAGAAUGGACACCUGGUGUCCAUCUCACCAGGUGGAGUAAGAGAAGCACUAUUCAGUGACGAAAGUUAUCAGCUAAUGUGGGGGAAUCGAAAAGGCUUUGCACAGCUUGCUCUAGAGGCAAAAGUACCCAUCAUUCCAAUGUAUACUCAAAAUAUCCGAGAAGGAUAUAGGAUGUUUAAAGAAAGAAAACUCUUUAGACAGCUGUAUGAAAGCACUCGAUUGCCGUUUACUCCUCCGUACGGAGGACUCCCAGUUAAAUUCCGCACGUACAUUGGGGAGCCAAUCCCUUACGAUCCAAAUGUAACUACAGAGGAGUUAGCUGAAAAGACAAAGACUGCUGUCCAAGCUCUCAUAAGCAAGCACCAAACAAUCCCAGGCAGCAUAUGGAAGGCUUUACUGGAGCGAUUUGAUAAACGUUCUAAAAGUGAUUAA